AUGUCAGGAUUAUUAAUAUACGAUGCACAACCAAAUCAAAUUCCUCGAUGUUUUGAUACCAAUACUGUAAGAAUUAUGGUAAUGGGCGAUAAUCUCUCAGGUAAAACGUCAUUUAUAUUGAGAUGUUUAAAUGGUACAUAUAGAGAAAUUGAAAGCGGUCUUUAUAUGGAAGAUAUUUAUAGAAGACCAUUAAAUUUAUUAUCGUUAUUUAAUGACAAUAAAUUAAUUAAUGAUCAUGAUAUUUCGGAAUUUAUCAAUAACAAAAAUUUCAAUAAAAAAUUUUUACCAAAAGAAGUUCAGUUUUUGGAUACGUCCCCUUUUGAAAUUGCAGAUUUCUCAGAAUUAAGAAAUCAACAAAUUAUCCAAUCGGAUGCGUUUAUACUUUGUUUCGAUCCAACAAGUGUUGAAUCGUUAUUAAAUUUAAGAACUUAUCAAAGAAGAAUUGAACGUGUUAGAGGUAUUGAUGAUAUGGUACCAAUUAUGAUCGCGGCAACAAAAUCGGAUUUGAUGUCAGAGAGAAAAGUCUUUAAUGAUGAUAUCUUAGAAAUGAUGAAUAGAUUUGAAUUAUCCUAUACAAGUAAUUUUAUUGAAAUUUCAUCGAAACACGACAUUAAUAUUAAAAAAUUAUUUGUCAAGACAAUAAUUAAAUCACAACAAUAUAAAUCUAAGCAAAGAAAUUUAUUGAAUAGUAUGGAAGAUUCUUUAAUUCAAAGACAAAACUUUCCUGAAUCAAUUUCUGAUAUUAACGAAUUAUCUUCAUCGUCCGAUGUUGGUUUAGUUGGACCAACAAAUCAUGAACAUAUUACUGGAAAUAAUAACAACAAUAAUAAAGAUAAUAUAAUUUUAACAACACCUGUAUCAAAUAUAAAUAAUGAUGAUAUGAUUGAACCUGUAAAUAGUAAAGUAAGAUUAAUCGAUAUUAAGGGUCAAAAUGAUGGUAAUAAUAUACGAAGUGAAUCAACAAAUAAUAAAAAUAUAUUGAAUAAAAUUAAGACAAAUUCUUCAAGAUCUAUCGUUAUUAGAGAAAAGACAGCUGCAUUAGAUUAUAAAUCUGAUAAGGAUCAAUUGGAAAAGAAAAGACAUUCAAAGAGCGAUUCUUGUUGUGUCAUUUCUUAA